AUGCAAGGUGAACAUACGGUUUAUGCUAUAACUGGAGGAUCAGGAUUUGUAGGUUGGAGGCUAGUGUUACGAUUAUUAGCAGAAAAUGCUCAAAAUUACAUUGUUAUACUCGAUUUAGGCACACCAGAAUACUUAGAAAAAACGGAUGUAUCCGAUGAUGAUAAAAAUCGAUUAAAAUCAAAUGACGAUAAAACUCGAAUAUAUUAUCGACAGUGUAAUAUUCGUUCUUAUGAUGAAGUAUCAGCAGGCUUGGAGCCAAUUUUGAUCAACAAUCAUUUAUGUCAUGUAACUACUGUGUUUCAUGUGGCUUCAUACGGAAUGAGUGGUGCUGAAUUGUUGAAUAAACAAAUGAUUUACGAAGUUAAUGUGAUUGGAACAAAAAAUGUUAUUCGUGUGAGUCAAGAAAAGAAUAUUUCAUCAUUAAUUUACAUCUCGACGUUCAAUGUUGUUUAUGGGACUGUAGCAUUGGCUAAUGCCGAUGAGACACAAGACUAUUUUCCUCUCGAUCAACAGCGUUGUAUGUAUUGUCGAACAAAAACUAUGGCUGAACAAAUAGUUAUCGAGGCAAAUAAUACCAGUUGUAACAAUAAUAAUAAGAAAUUAUUAACAUGUAGUAUUCGACCAGGAUCUAUAUAUGGUGAUGGUGAAAAAAGACAUUUGCCAAGAAUAUUGAAACAUGUAUCAAAUGGUCUAGCAUUUUUUUCUGUUGGAGAAAAAAAUGCAUUGUGUGAUUGGGUGUAUGUUGAUAAUUUGAAUCAUGCUCUAAUACUUGUAGACAAAAAAUUGAAACAAAGUGAUAAAAGUUUAGUGGCGGGACAGGUGUAUAAUAUAACAGAUGACAAUCCUAUUAAUAAUUUUGAUUUUUUGGAAAAAAUAAUUGAUGGUCUCGGAUAUCCGUCGACAAGUUAUUUUGUAGUUCGUGUGCCCGUAUCCGUCAUGUUAGGUUUAGCUUGGAUAUUAGAACAUAUUGCAGCUUACAUUAAACAUACACCUCUCGUAGGUCAAACUGAAGUGCUAAAACUAGCACUAACAAAUUAUGCUAAUAUUAAUAAAGCAAAACAGCAUUUUGCUUAUAAACCACUUGUGAGUACCGACGAAGCCAUUCGACGAUGCAUUACUUCAUACAAAAAACAAGGAUAUGCAUAUAAAAAGUAUACAUGGUCUAAACGAAUAGCAGUAUUUUUGAUCAUUAUUGUAAUUUUAGUUUAUACAUUUUUGUUGUAA